AUGUUAGCUGCUUUGAGACUCCUUCGGGUAGUGAUAAAGCGGGAUAUCAAAUCCAAACUCCUCCUCCUUACAGUGUGUGGAGGAGGGCAUUCUUCAAGAUUCAGGCUUUCAACGAAUCUGACCAUUUUUUUUGUAACAACGAAGGGAUCAGCGGCACAGUUACAGGUGGAGAUCAGGAAACUGGUGGGUUUAAACGUUUUGCUGGUAGUGGUGUUCAGCCAUUGGGCAUGGAGGGAGGAGGUCGGAACUGUGGACCAGCGCUGGUUUUUUUUAUCUGGAACACAGCUUGGAGGAAGUCCUCCUCAGUGGGAGCUGGUUCCUGAUGGGAGUGGUAGGGCUGGGAGACCAGAUGGGGCCAGAUCCAAUGGCAGGCAGAGGCAAUUCAUUCUAGCUUUGCCCCCCGCACCCCCUGCUGAGUUCUAA